AUGACUGAGAAAGACCCCGAGGUGCAUGUGGAAGAUGAUGAUGAUGAGCUAGAUAGCAAAUUGAACUAUAAGCCCCCACCUCAGAAGACGCUUCAGGAACUGCAGGAGCUGGACAAGGACGACGAGAGCCUUGCAAAGUACAAGAAGUCCCUGCUGGGGGAUGGACCUGUUGUGGCAGGUAUGGCUCAAGAGACCUCGGUGGGAACGGGAUUGGUCCUAUGGCAUAGGCAUUGGGAACCUUUUUCACUCCACAGGCCUGACCUCAUGGGCCAAAAUUGGUACUGGGAGGGGCUUCCCACAUGGCAAUCAUGUGAUGCCAUUAUGAUGUCACAUGAUUGUCAAAUUUGGUUUGCUCUGAUCUUAAAAGGGUAAUGGGUGGAGGCUUGCAAAAACCUUUGUGGAUCUCAACACCCCCCCCCUUUGCUUUUAAGUCCUCAAUCUUGCACUGUUAUGGCUCUGAUUUCUCAUUAUUUGAUGAGUGGAGAUUAAAUCCUGCUGCCUAGGCUUCACCUUCCUGUUCCAGGAUGAUGCAGCUGGUGCAGGAUUAAAUCCUGUGCUCCCGCUCAUCACUUGAUGACAGCAGUUACAUCAGCUGCUGGGCAGGUGGGUUGAGUUUGGGGCAAAUGGCCAGCUGGGCCAAAUUGGACUCCCCUGGCAGGCCGAGACUGGCCUGUGGGCUGAAGGUUCCCCAACCCUGAUGUAGCAGGACACCUUUCAGAAUAGGGAGAGAGCUGAUUUGGCAUUAUGUAGCAGGACUAGCAUUGUCAUGGAUGAGAGAAUAUGAAUAAAUCUUAAAUGUAGGUAAAGAAAUUAUGUUGGUUUGCUAUAAAAAAUAAUAUUAUUUUGUGUGGGUUGCUUACAGGAAGAUUUGGGUUCUAUUUUCAGCAUCCAAAUACAUUCUCUCUUUGACUAGGGAUACCUAGUUUUGAAGCUCAGACUUAUGAGCACUUGCGACCAAAAGGAUCUUACCUAGCGGUGCUGAGAGAAACUCCAGCUGUGUGCACACCAUACAUUUAAAGCACCGAGCUGGGGGGGGGGGGGAAGAAUCCUGUGUUUUACCCUGUAGAGAGCUAUGAUUCCCAGCACCCUUAAACUACAGCUCCCAAGAUUCCUUCUUUGGGGAAGUGGGAUGUGCUUUAAAUGAAUAGUGUAAACACAGCUUUCUGCUCAUGAUCCUAGAGAUCUGCUUCCAGUCAGGGUUAAUAGCUCUAGGUGGGAUCCUGCAGCACCUGCUUCACAGUGUAUCAGCCCUUCCAAUGCCACAGUUUUAGGAGGCAUUCGGUACUUGCCUGUAACAUGUACGCAGUGAAACCCAACUGAGUGAAUUCAUGCUUAGCUGCUCUCAGUUGGGGCCUUCACGAAUGUGUGGUUGAACAUAUUGGGAGGGACUCGCAAGAAUUAUUUUGGGAAGUGGGGAUGUGGGAUUGUUCUCGUCGAGCAGAGAAGGGAGCCAGGUAUGUGCUCAGUUGUUAGACUGCAAUCCUAAGCAUAUCUACUAGUGGGGGGAGGAGAGGAACAGUUUGUACAAUCGGCAGAAUCAAAUGGCAAUGCUCAAGCGUGACUGUAGCACUUUUAAGCUGGCAGGAACAGGAAUCGUGCGGUUAUGCGAUUGAAUACGCUCUCAUAAAAAGAAGAGCAGGAGGGUAUUUCAGCAUGCAGAUAACACUUUGUGGCAUGAAGUGUAUAGCUUCAUCACAUGUUUCUAAUCCUGGAAUGCCUUUAUCACCAUUAUUAUUAGUAUUCACUAAAUUUAUUAGGGUUUUUUUGCAGCAGCAACUCAAAGCAACUUACAACAUUUAAAGCAAGCAUAUGCAUUAAAACCAGCAUUUUUAAAAAGUGAUUUUGUCUGAGAAUUUUGGGCAGCGCUGGACGCAUGUUUGAGGGGACCCUGGGCAAUGUGUUCUCUGUGAGGGGACCCUCCUCUGCUAGUGAGCCCCCCUGGUCUUACCUGGUUAUGGUGGGGGCAUACCAAGUCAUGCUGGACAGCUGGGUCUCACAGUGCCCCAGAGCAAUGCUAUCCAAGGGGUGUUGUGAUAAAGGAAGAGUAGCUAGAUGUUGUUCGGAGCGCUAGGUUAAAAAUUAAGGAAGGAAUGGGGGGUGGGGGCACUAGCUGAUGCCCAAGGCGCUUUUCUACAGAGUGACUGAUGCUGUAGAAGUCUUUGAGCAACAAAGGCAUAGGACCUUGUUUCCUUAACGCUGACUUACCUACCUUUCCUGUUCCCACAGACCCUACAGUUGCCAAUGUGACCGUCACUCGACUCACCCUGGUUUGUAACAGUGCUCCAGGGCCAAUUACCAUGGACCUUACUGGUAGGUGAAAUUCUCUUCCUUUCACAGCAUAAGGCCAGUGCUUUUUUCCCCUAAAAAAAUGUUUAGGGGUACUCUCAUUUUCCUACUCAUAGAUUCAUAAAAUGUUUAGGGGUAUGCGUAGCCCUGCGUCCCGCCAGAAAAAAAGCACCUGUUUUGUUUUGUUCUGUCCCCUAGGCCACAUUCAUCCUUUCCUAACCCUCCAGGGAUCACACUGGUAGUUAGUGUGACCACCCCACACUUUCAUAUUCCUGCAGACACACUCACAUGACAUGCUGCUCCUCAGCUGAUCUAUGCAGAUUAUGCAUUAUUAGGUUGUUGCCCUCUUACCCCCAUCAAACGAUUGAGCUGAUGGUUGGGGAGGGCUGACCAGUCAUGGCACCCUUCCUCCCAUUCAGUAUCUUACUUAAUUUUGUUUUCAUUCUGUUGUCACUGCAAAAAGAAAAUCCAGGUCUUGAGUGGGGGAGGGAGAGAAAAAAAAUGGUUGAGGGCUGAUACAACAAGGGACAUCAGCUGGUUGACAGGUGGGUGUUGAUUGCGGAAAACAGCUUCAUGGGCUGAAUUGGAAACCCUGGGGGGGGGGCAAGAUUGGCCCACGGGGCAGAGGUUCCCCACCCUUGCUUAGUGAGUUUGCAGGUUAGGCGAGACUUGAACUGGGCACUCUGAGAUCCCAGGUGCCUUAUUCCUUUUGCACACAUUACGUGUUGUUUUUUUAAAAAAAGCAAAAGAAUUUGCGGGUGCUUAAAACAACAACAACAAAGCAACAGUAAAGUGACACAUCUCUGUAAAUGGGUCAUAGAAACUUUUCCCAGAGUCCUGUGAAGUGUACACAGAAUAGUUAUUGCCAAGCCCUUUUUGCUGGCACAGACUAGAGCAUCGGUCCUUUUUGCAGACUAAAUCAGCAGUCUGCGUUUCUCUGAGCUUCACACCAGUGUGAGAGAGUCACGCUUCACCUUAUAUGGACUUCUUAUCUGAGAGAGGAAGUUGGGGCUUGGCAGAGCUAGGAUGCUUCCUCUUCAGCUGAAAUCUCUGGGGAGGCAAUACCACAAACAGUUUCUUGAUUAUCUCAACAUUAUGCAGCCUGUUUUGUGUGAGCACCUAGGCUCCUCUCACACCCACCUAGCAACAGCCUCACCCCUUAUACAACCCUCUCAGUGUCAGUGGCUCUUUGCACAAGAGAAUCUCCCAAGGAGUUGUGCCUGAAAACGUGCUCAUAUACAUAAACACACAAGUACACAGGCACAUUUAUGGUUCAGGAAUACAUCCACAACCCUAUUUGCAACCAUAAAGUAUAGGUAUCGUAGGCAUGUUAAGACUGUUAUCUAUGCAACAUAAACAACUCGAAUAGCAAUUUUUUUUUGUUUAGGGAACCUCAACAACUGUCUGUGUAGGGGAACGUUCAAGAUCUCAAACAAAGAUGUCGCAGUGCCUCUUCAAACAUCGCCCAGGAUUCUUUGGAGAAUGCUCUUUUAGUUUUAAUGUAUUUGUUUAAAACAUGUAUAUGCCUUCAUCAAACAUACUCCAGUUUACCUUGUGUGAAAUCGAUCCAUAUUUGAAGGGCAGGUGUUUAAAUGUCCACAUGUACCACAGUCCUUCAACCUACUAUAGUUAGAACAGUCUGUGGGUAAAUGUGUUCUCUUGUAUCUUGUCUUCUUCACAAGAUUAACUGGGUGUCUCUUUUCUCUCCCUGACCCCUCUCAGGGGACCUUGAAGCUCUCAAGAAACAGACAUUUGUAAUAAAGGAAGGAUCUGAAUAUUGCGCCAAGAUCCACUUCAAAGUGAGUCACUCUUCUACUUGUGUUUUCUGUGGGUGUCUAGUGCUGGAUUCUGCCCCCUGCUGAUGCAAACCUGUGUAUUGGGUUGUAGGUUCACAUGUUUCAAACCCUGACAGUCUAAAUAGUAAAAGCACUGCUAAAUUAAAAGUGCAUAUUGUACAAACACAGCAGUAGGCUGUACCAGGCCAAAAUGGCUUUCCACAGUGCAGGCUCUUGCAUUCCUAAACCCCACUGCUGGGACUGGUAGUUUAUUUAGUUUAUAUUGUUAUUCUUUAAUGUAUUUUAUUGGAAUGGUAAAUGUUGCAGAUCAACCAGAAUGGUGCUCCCCACCAGAAGAACAACAUAUAAAUGUUUUAAUAGUUGUCUUUUCAGAAAAGUUUUUUACAAUGUUUACCACUUUCAUAAAAUCACCCUUUUUUCAAAUCUCAUUACUGUGAUAUUGUAGUACUUCACGGAGAAUUUUACACUUGUGCAAAACUUGAAGGUGCACUUGGAGAAAGGCUUAAACUCAGUGCUUUUUUUCUGGGGGGACGCAAGGGUACGCAUACCCCUAAACAUUUUGUGACUCUAAGUUUGGCCUCAUUGAGGGCAGUAUUUCAAUAUGAGUAGGAAAAUGAGAGUACCCCUAAACAUUUUUUUUAAAGAAAAAAAGCACUGCUUAAACAGCCUAUCCAAAAGCAGCAAAUCAAGUGUGUGUUGGAGGGGGGGUUGGUUUGUGUGGUAUCUGAAAAAAAAGUAAUUGGUUAAUUUAUAUGAUGACAUAUAAUUAAAUUGCAUUUGCAAACCCAUUACUAAAUGUGAGUGAGUUUAUCUGAAAAAAUUACACUAAAUUUAUCAUUCUAAAAUGUAAUAAAAGCUAUCAGUUUCUCAGCUUGAUCCCUGCGCUGGCCUAGAGUAAACUUCUCAUGUAAAGGAGUUUCAUUAUUGGCAAGCACCUCUUACAGCUGCUUAUGAGGUGGCACUCUGAAAUUGAGUAGGGUGGGCUUUAUUCCUCCAUGCCAUCUCCCAACAGCCAAAAAGGGUGAGGGAUGGCAAAACGUGGCACAAGCAAAGAGGAAUCAAGGAGGGAAACAUGGAAUAAAACAGAGUCCUAUUACUGAGGCAGAAGCUUGAAUGAUGAUGCUUUUGUCUUGCAGGUAAAUAGAGAAAUUGUAUCUGGCUUGAAAUAUGUGCAGCACACUUACCGGACAGGGGUGAAAGGUAAGUAAAAAUGAGCUAUUUUUCUACUUCCUUAGCAAAGCUUCUUCCCACCUCCCUGCAUACUGUUCUCCUCUCCUGCUGCAGCUCACCUAAUCCCACUCACUUUCCCAUGUAUUCCCCACCACUUUCCAAACUGCAAACAUUCCAUUUUUUUAAAAAGCUGAAUUUGUUGUGUUAGGCCAACAGACAGCUUUGAUCAAAAUUAAAUGCAUAAAGGUAAAGUUUGGGUACGCCCUUGGACCCCUCCCACAAAAUACUGCCAGUUUGGAGGCAACCUAGUUUAUGGAAAGAGCAUUAGAAUCCUUUCUGGGCUAUUUUCUGUGCAUGGCUGCAGAGCAGCAGCAGUGUACACAGGACUGAUGCAGCAGAGAAACUGCAGAGCUGAGCUGCUUGUGUGGCUGUGUUUGUGCCCUGCCUCUGAUGACUUUCUUGCGGGCUGUUCUCUCCUAGUGGACAAAGUGACAUUCAUGGUGGGCAGCUAUGGGCCACGGCCGGAGGAAUACGAAUUCAUUACACCUCUCGAGGAGGCACCUAAAGGCAUGAUGGCUCGAGGAAACUACCGCAACAAGUCCUUCUUCACCGACGACGACAAGCACGACCAUCUCACCUGGGAGUGGAACUUGGCCAUUAAGAAGGAGUGGACAGAAUGA